AAUUAAAAUGCGUAAUUUCUUAUUUCUGACUUUUGGCACUGAGCGAUUAAAGUUGAUGUGUUGAACAAAAACUAAUAGGACUUUUUAAAUCAACGUCUACAAAUUGCUCUAUGUCACCUGCGAAACAGUAAAACUGUUGCACACCUGUUAUUUGACAGUGGUCACUAUGUUUCUUCUAUCUCCUUUUUCUUUCUUUCUUUCUUCCCCCUCACUACCACUUCUGUUUUAAUAUAGUCCACCGGAUGUACUGUAUCUACCACUUUUAAGUGAGAUUUCAAAUUCAUUAAACUCGAUCGUAUCAAUAAUUAUAAUUUGUAUCAAUAGCAUUAUCUUACCCAAAACUAGGUGAAAUAUAACCCUUGUCCAUUCAUUCAUUUGGUUAGUUCGUUUUGAAAAUAAGGAGGUUGAAAUACAAGUAGCAACGACUUAGUACAGCUAGUGAUGCCUGUACACUAGGCGUAUUUUUGCUCGUUACCUUAACUUUGUUAAUGAACUAGAUGGAAGUCACAAUUCAUUGAAAACGCUACUGUAGCAAGAGGAAAAUAAUAUGUAUAGCUCAGAAGAGGUACAUCUCGCACAAAAAAUGGAGUAUGAAUACUCUAUGGAUGAUCUAAACUUUCUUCCACCUGACCAAAACAGUUUUUUAAAAUUACCUUCCAUUCGGAUACGGAAAACUAUUUUAAAAAUUGCGAUCGCAGCGGCAUUUGUACUUUUAUGUAUAUUACUUACAUAUCUCUUGCUCCAUAGGAAACAUUUAGGCACAACGUUUGCAGUACCUAAUAGCAAGGAUACUUUUUCGGGUCUUGCCUUACAUAUUCCAUCAAACAGCAAUCACUUGAUUAAAUUCAACACCUUCAUUAAAGCAUCUUAUCAACCAUACUCUGAAAACAUUAAAACAAUUCUUCAAGAAUACUGGCAUGAGUAUGUCAACAACUCACAUUUAGAAGAUUGUUCAGUGUCUGGACUACACUCAAAGAAAGAAAAUUGUAUUUUUUGGCAGCAAGACCUUGGUAGCUGUAUUCACCUACAGAAUUAUGGUUAUAGAGAAGGUAGACCCUGCAUUCUUUUGUCACUUGAACUGCCUGAAAAUACAUUACCUUUCCCUUACAAGAAAAGUAACCCUGUUGUUAAAAAAUACUUGACUGGCAUAUGGUCUAAAGAUCAUGUUCCAGUUACCUGCACUGGAGAGACAGAAGCAGACACAAGAUAUUUAAUCACCCAAGACCCCAUUUUCAAUAGCUCUAUCACUUAUUCACCAUUUAAAGGGUACUCUUUAGAUUUCUUCCCACAAUCGAGGAGUCCUCACUAUCGAGCCCCAUUGCUUAUGGUGCAGUUUAAUACCUUACAACCUGGAUUAAUAGUUCAUGUUCAAUGUAGAGUUUGGGCAAUAUACAAGAAUGCUACAAAAGCAAUCGAAUCGGUUGUCAAAUUUCAACUACAUAUGAACUAACUCAUGAAAUAUUCAUAAGUAGUCACAUUAAUAAAGCUUGAUACUCAUUAUUUUCAUGGUGUAGUUAAGUAGUUUCAAAUGGUUUAAAACAAGUAUAUACAACACUGGGCUUUAGUUUAUGUAGCUUACUGUUAAAAGAGAUUGAAAAAUAUUAAGUUUUAAGGUCAGUAAGUUUGCAGAAAUUGUGAAGUACCAAAUUAACAGCUUUCUAGAUUUUUAAUUCAAACUGAAAAAAACAAAGAAAACUAGCAUUUUUAAGUAUAAAUUUAACCUUGUUUAAAUAUGCAGUAGUUGUAGAUGUUACUGGUAUUAAAGCAGAAAUAGACAUGACCUUUUCAGGUUUGUUUUCCAUCUGCUUUGUUGCUUCAGUUAGAAAACUGUUGAAACACCAGUUUUGUAUUCAAUGUCUCAGAAAAAAUUAUAUAUUAAAGAUAUUAAUGAACAUAAUUUUUCCAGUUUAAAUUUCUUAGUGUGUUCAUUCUAGAAUAAAACUACAGUUUCAGCUAAAAUCUCUUUGAAAAUAAUACACUUCAUUAGAUUAAGACAUAGGGAUGUGGCUAGAUCCCCCUCUAACUGACAAGUUUUGAAACUACAUCUUCAAAAAAACUAAUAAAUUAAAAUUUGAAUCUCAGAAUUAUAUGCACCAUCUCAGGACCUCAGCCUUGUUAAAUUUUUUCUUGUAUGGGACUUGAUAAGCUGUAGAAACUGUUUCAAUGUAAAUUUUGAGAAGAAGCAUUUAAUCCUAUCGCUAACUGGAAAAUUCCAAAAGUUUGCACAUCCAUGCUAAUUGGCAUCUGGAAAGGAAAAAAACAGACACCAGUUAACAAGAAUUUGUAAACUUUUGGAAUUUUUCAGUUGGUAAUAGAUUUAAAAUGCUACUUUUCAAAGCUUAUAUUGAAACAGUUCACUUCAGUAGUUGUAAGGCCUGAACAAUAACAGAAACAUUAGUAGAAUACAUAAAUGACAGACAUCACUCUGUUCUACAACCUGCUCUUGGUGCUUAUUUCCUACAAUAUAUAUUUAUAUAUGUAUGGCAGCUGAUAGACGAUGGGAUUCCAUACACAUAUUGUGUAUGGAAUCUCAUCGUCUAUCAGCUGCCAUGGAGAAUCCUAGAAAAUCCAGGCCCCCUACAUUAAUGGGACCAAUUGCUGUAAAUUAUGCAUAGUGGAAUGGGUAAGGAUCCUAAAGGACUCCCUCAACCCAAAGAACAUCCUGAACUCCAGAACAGAUCUUUGGACUGUGCUUACAUUUCAGAAAAUUCCUGCUAACCUAUUGGAACCCACAGGACAACAGGGUCACUGGCAAUCAAUAGCCAGAGGGAUAUAAUCUGCUUUGUUGACAUUGGCGAUCAAUAGCCAAGGGAAGACAAUCUCCUUUGUUGCCAUUGCGUAAUAGGGUCCUUUCCUCUUCUAUACUGACAGGCCUUUAGCCAACAGGUUUUGGGAUCUGAUGGUACGCUAUAAGGCUAAGCCCUUUAUGGACAUGAAACCUAAGGUAAUCCCAUAAACUGGCCUUAUCUAACUUUAAUAUACAUAUAUAUAUAUAUAUAUAUAUAUCUAAAAAAAUGUGAUAUUAUUCAGUAGCCAUGAUAAAACUUCAAGUUUCGGAUGCUGGGGCGGAAACCCACACCACCAUCUCUUCAGUUAUCUGGCCAUUGAAAAUUCCUAUGAAAAUGACCAUUAAACUGUAUGGUUGACCGUUAUUAAGACAAAAGAGCUAUUAGAAUGACUGCUAAGUGAAGGGAGGGAGUAAAAGAAUUAAGGAAGCUUUACUCAUACACAGACUAGGACCCCAAAUUAACAACAGGCUGGAAGUUGGUAAUCAAUAUAUUAUUUAGCUACAUCUGGAUGUGUGUAGGUUCAUUCUUAAUAACAUGCUUAUGCAUUGUUUAUAACAAAAAAAAAAAAGAAGGGCAAAAAAAAAAGAGAAGCUGCAUGUAUAACACAUAACUUAGAAGCAGCACCACAGAUGUACCAACACACACGAGAUUGAAACAUAGCCGACCUCAUGCACUUCUCAUGAGAAAUUCCGGAAGGAGCUUCGUAAGACCACUACUGAGACACUUCCGAAAAAAAGAAAACCGUUGGAAAACAGUUUAUAGCAGAGACUCCAUUUAAGAAUAUCUGAAGAAGGAAUUGUAAUUCCAAAAUAUCAUCAGACUAUAGAUAACCAAAUUACAACAGGUAUAUAGUCCAUUUUUUGUAUAUAGUGCAUUGUUGUACCAUUCUAAACUUUUUAUUCUUUACAAACAAUACACAAUGCUUCAAGUGAACUACAAUACUCUACUAUAUGUAUAUAUAUAUUUCUGGCGAAUGUGUGGGUGAGCAUGUGUGUGUUUCAAGCGAGGGUGGAUGAGUAUAUACAUUUAGGCGCAUAUACAUGAGUGUGCAGGCGCGCAUGUGUAUGUAUGGAUUGGUGCGCUUACGCAAAUACUAUAGACCUUUUACUCCCUCCCCUCACUUAGUGGUCAUUCUAAUAGCUUUUUUGUCUUAAUAACGGUUAACCACACAGUAAUUUCCCUUUGUUUAACGGUCAUUUUCAAUGGCCAGAUAACUGAAGAGAUGGCGGCAUGGGUUUCCACCCCGGCAUCCGAAACUCAGAGUUUUAUCAUGACUACCGAAUAAUUGUCACAUAUUUUUACAGAUAAAUUCUUCUAUUUACUUAAUAUCGAGGUCUCUUUCUUUCUUUUGUUGUCUUUUCUAUCAAUAUAUAUAUAUAUAUAUAUAUAUAUAAAAUGGACAGUGAAUUGCAAGAACUUUUUUAGAUGAUAUCAUUUUGUAUUCAAAAUCUUUCUUGGAUAUGCUUUCUUUUUAUUUAUUACUGAUGUAACUCUAAAGUUACUAUAUUCUAACCCGAAUCAAAGUAAAUUAUAAUACAUAUGAAAGAAAGGCACAAAGUUUAUAAUACAUAUGAAAGAAAGGAUAACUUAAUUUGUAACCUUAGUUGUUUACUGUAAUAAACUUGAAACCAAUUUUUAACAAACCAAAUCAUAAUUUUUUCAAGAACUGUUUUUAUUGUUAUGUAAAUUUACAAAUAAAAUAGAAUUUUAUGCUU